GUGCGUGCCCCGCCCCUCCUCCGGAGCCCGGAUGAAGAGUAACGCCAUUCGCGCCGGAGCCGCCGAGAGCUUUCUCGGUCCGGGUCUGGACGCCGGAGCGCCCGGCCAUGAGGUCCCUCCGCCGCCUGCUGCUGCUUUUCCUGCUGGUGUUCCCCGCCACCAUUCUGCUCCGAGGCGGCCCGGGAGGCUCUUUGGCAGUGGCUCAGGAUCUUACGGAGGAUGAAGAAACAGUGGAAGAUUCUAUAAUUGAAGAUGAAGACGAUGAAGCAGAGGUGGAAGAAGAUGAACCAACAGAUUUGGCUGAAGAUAAAGAGGAAGAAGAUGUAUCAGGUGAACCUGAAGCUUCACCCAGUGCAGAUACAACCAUCCUGUUUGUGAAAGGAGAAGAUUUUCCAGCAAAUAACAUUGUGAAGUUCCUGGUAGGCUUUACCAACAAGGGCACAGAAGAUUUUAUUGUCGAGUCUCUCGAUGCCUCUUUCCGGUACCCUCAGGACUACCAGUUUUAUAUCCAGAAUUUCACCGCUCUUCCCUUGAACACGGUCGUGCCGCCCCAGAGACAGGCAACCUUUGAGUACUCCUUCAUCCCCGCGGAGCCCAUGGGGGGCCGGCCCUUCGGUCUGGUCAUCAACCUGAACUACAAGGAUUUGAACGGCAAUGUUUUCCAAGAUGCUGUCUUCAAUCAAACAGUUACAAUUAUCGAGAGAGAAGAUGGGUUAGAUGGAGAAACCAUAUUUAUGUACAUGUUCCUUGCUGGUCUUGGGCUGUUGGUUGUCGUUGGCCUUCAUCAGCUCCUGGAAUCUAGAAAGCGCAAGAGGCCCAUUCAGAAGGUAGAGAUGGGAACAUCGAGUCAAAAUGAUGUCGACAUGAGCUGGAUUCCUCAGGAAACUCUGAAUCAGAUCAUGCAGAGUAGAAGAGAUAAAGCUUCACCAAGAAGGUUGCCCAGGAAACGGGCACAGAAGAGAUCGGUGGGAUCUGAUGAGUAAAUGUUCCUUUGUGCAACAAUUCAAUCUUUUAACCUGCCCUAAUGUUUUUCGGCCUGAUGGGAAUUAGUGCAGAGAAGCCAUAUCACCAUAGAAGGCGGCUACUACUUAUGUGUGGACUGAGCAAUCAGAGUCUGUGGCGAUCCUAUUGCUGAAAAUGCACUGCAUUUAUUUUUCUAAAGUAACAAAUUUGGUUUUUUUUAAAACCAUUAAAAUCUAUGUGUGCGCGUGUGUGUGUGUGUGAGCAGUUGGUCUUACCAGAAUCAUUGUGGGACUGCCUGAAGCAGCCUUUAGAAUACUAAACGUAUGCACUGUCUCCUUCUUUUGGACAUGUGCUGACAUUUCCCCCCCAAAACUCAACACUUGCCCAGUAUGAUUGUAGAGGUCCUGCCUUGGACUGCUAACAGUUGUUUCUUGUUUAGAAUAGCUCACAUCCUGACUGAUGGCACAAAUGUGCGUGUUUUUGCUGUUUUACGGCUAGUAUUCUAAAGGCGCAAGCAGGAGCAGCUGCUUUUAGCAGUAACAUUGCUGGGUAUUUUGCUGCUGUUUACUAUAAUGCACACCUUCAGAAACCUUCCCCAGUGAGUUCAGGGAAUUGGGGGAUCUCUAGCACCAAAAUUGUGAAACAUGAAAAUUCUGGUUUUGAUUCAUAAAACCAACGUCACUGUCUUUAAAAAAAAAGAAAAUGGUACAUUUGUGGAAACUGAGUUGUUGUCCAUUGUUCUAUUUCUGACCCAAGAGAUAGCUGUGGGAUGACUUGAGACCCCUCUGGUUUUGUUUUUUUUUCUAAGAGAUAAUUUUUCUCAACGGAAGCAUCUUAAGAAACGUUGCCUUGGUCUACAGACUAAGCAGAAUUCUAAUAAGAGUUGGAUAAUUUUUAAUGGUUAACCAGUUGUUUUAUAUCUAAUCUUCGGGGUGUUUUGGUUAUUGAUUUUUUUAAAAAGUUAAUCUGAAGAACUCCAAAAUCUUAAGGACUUAAGGACUUAGAAUCUCAGAACCAAAAUGAAUUGGACUUCAUAAAAUUCCUCUUACUUUCCCUUGCCCUCGGCAGUAACUUAAGUUUGACGUUGUCAGACUGGAUAAGUAGUAGAGUAAAAUAGUAUGAACAAAUAAGAGGCUUUUCCUCUCUGUCUUUAAGCCAUAUUCUUCCAUAUAUAUUUUGUAAGGAAAUGGUAAAUGAAGUUUUAGUAGCUGUUUUAUUCCUGAUCUGUCUUCAUUAUAAUGAACUUAACCCCUGUUUAUUAUAAUUCCCCUUACACCCAUGCUCACACAAGAAAAUAACAGAAAUGAAAAAUCUUUCCAAGUUGCUUAAGUAUUUAAACAUCUGAGCCAAAGCCUACGUCAAGAAAACGAGUGACUGUAUAGCUGUGAGCUGCUUUGUGAGCGGGGCUGAGGUGUCGGAUUAGCUGCAUCGGCUGUGCUGAGCUGUGACUCUUCUGCGCCUGUGAAACAGUGUUUGGGUUUUUAAUUGGGCUGUACGAUCAAUGGUUUCCUUUGGAAGAGCUCUGUGAGCUCUAAGAAACUGCAUGGUUUUCACUUUGAUGUAACAUAGGAGACCCUCCACCUUCGGACGGAAUAUAUUUCAAAACAUUUUUGUGAAUGUCCCAGGUUUGUGAAAUUACAGGGAUAUAAUGAAGUGAGGUGUAAUACAAAAUUUAAUGACCUCUACAGAGCGUUUUAUUGAAUUCCUGGUGAUACUUAGGCAGUGGCAAAGCCAGGCUCAGUUCCGGGUGCCGGGCCUCUUGACUCCUGAGUAACCUGCCUUAUGUACCAGCCCCUCCACUUCUGAGGUCCAAAGCAGCACACGGAAAUCAUCGGUCAUGUUUUAUUUUCUUAGCAUAGAUUGAGAACACUUGAAAAUUCUUAAAUCCUCAGAUGCCAGGGGUCUCUGUAGUGUCAGUGUUUAGCAGAAACUAACUCCAUAAUGAAUGGAAUUCAAUUCCACACAUGGUUUGUUCAAGCACACUUAAUAAGUAGCCUGUUUUUUUUAAUGUCUUUUUUAAAUGUAAAUAUUUGGAUGAAGCUUUUGUUUGUUUUGAUAUAUUAAUUUGUUGCACCAACCAUGGUUUCAGAAUUCACCUUUUGAACGCCUUGGUUCCAGAGUCUGUAAAAUGAACUGAGAGUCUUGUGUAACGAGCCUGUCACUGGGACUUGUGGGAGUAACGUGUUGAUAAAGCAUGGAUCUCACCUCA